CUCAUGCACAUGCUUACAGUAGCAGUUAAGAUCAGCAACUCAGAUGAGAACUGCAGCUCUACUGGGAUCUACUUUAUGGGACAGAUUUUCUCCAAAUACCUGCUUUUGAAGAGGCUUUGAUGAACCACCAUGGGAAUGAGACUUGUGUUGCAACCAUCAACUGCAUAGGAGUGUGGGAUGAUCAACACAGACUGCUCUACUGAUUGAGAGAUUAAUAAGGAGUGGCUGCUGUGGUUGUUUCUCAACAUUUGGAGCGUCAAGGGACCGACUGGUGGGAAGCUGAUGUGGAGUUGCUAGUUUAUUACAGCAACAAUGGACCUGACUUUGUGGCAGUACCAGUUCAGGUUCAUCAUGCUGGGGGACUCCACAGUGGGCAAGUCCUCCUUGCUGAAGCGCUACACCGAAGACUUGUUCCUGGAGUCCAUCAACCAGACAGUGGGUGUAGACUUCUAUGUUCACUUCCUGGAGGUGGAACCGGGGGUCCGUGUCAAGUUGCAGUUCUGGGACACUGCUGGACAGGAGAGGUUCAGGUCAGUGACCCGUUCUUAUUACCGCAACUCCGUCGGAGGCCUGCUGGUGUUUGACAUGACCAACCAAGACUCUUUUGACCAUAUUAAGGAGUGGCAUGCUGAAGUGUGCGAUCGAGUUCAGCCGCAUACAGUUCUGUUCGUUCUGGUAGGCCAAAAGAGUGACCGAGAUGCUGAGGGGGAGAGGGUGGUGAGUCGGGAAGAGGCUGAGAAACUGGCCAGGCAGCUAGGGGUGCCCUAUGUGGAGGCCUCUGCUAGGACAGGUGAGGGCGUGAGGGACGUCUUUGAGCUGCUGACUCGGCGGGUCUACCAGGGUCUGUUGAGUGGAGAGGUAGAGCUGCUGGAGGGCUGGGAUGGAGUGAAGUGCGCAGCACCACAUGCACUGCAGUUGCAGAGAGCCAACCUGGCACAGCCCAGCACAGCCUCCAAGAACAACAAGAAGUGUUGUGCUUAAAACUGUGGACUGGUGGCGGUCAGCCAUUUGCACUCAUGUUACCGUAGAACCUGAACCGGCCCCCCAGGAAGUUGGAUUUGUAGUGGAUGUUUAGCGUAAUAACGUGACCGUCAUGAAACCCACUGAUUUGAAAUGCCUUUUUUGCACCUACUGUAUUUUGUGAAGAGACAGUCUUAAGCAUUUAGUAAUGUCAGAGACUGAUGUGGGAAAAAACAGCAGCUGAUGUUUUAACAGAACCAAAACACAAUUAAUCUUAGUUGCUACGAUUUAAUUGCCUAGUGACAAUCGUGUAAAAAGCUCAAUCAAUUUAGGAGUUGUUUUUUUUGUUUUGUUUUUGUUUAUAUUCAGAAAACACCGGUUAUAUUAAUUACACCUGUAUUCAAUACUAAAAUAGUCACAAUGACUAGAUUAAAGUAGGUAGACAUGUAGUUAUUUCUAAAAAAUAACGUUAAACCUCAACAAAGCUAUUGUAGCAAAUAUAAUUGCAUGUCCUAGUGUUUUCCCAGGGGAUGUAAAGCUGUAUUGUUAACAACUUCCCUUUUUAGGCUGCAAUGUUCACUCUAUGGAAAAGACUAUAACGUGAUAAGAAUUGUUUUCAAAUUG